GGAAUAUACAUUGCUUUUUAUUUCUUUUUUUGCUAUAAGUCUUGAACAAUAUAUAUAGCAAAAAAAUGAUUGAAUAUUUGGUAUUAAGAUAUAAUGAUUAAGGUUAAGAGCGUUUAUUAAUUUAAAGGACAAAAAAGUCGUUGUCUACUUUAUAAAUACUCAUCAACCAUCCCACCUCCCCAUUCCAUUUUCUGCAAUCUUUCCUGUUCAGAUUUGUGGGAAACCCUCAAAAAGCAGAGAGAGAUCAAAAAGGUGUAUCCAUGUCUUUUCCCAAUGAGUCAGGUGAGAUGUCUCCACAGAGAAAAUUGGGUAGGGGAAAGAUCGAAAUCAAACGGAUCGAAAACACGACAAAUCGACAAGUGACAUUUUGCAAACGCCGCAACGGUUUGCUGAAGAAGGCUUAUGAGUUGUCUGUACUUUGUGAUGCUGAGGUUGCGCUUAUCGUCUUCUCGAGCCGCGGUCGCCUCUAUGAGUAUGCCAACAAUAGUGUGAAAGGAACCAUAGAUAGGUACAAAAAGGCAUGCCUGGAUCCACCAAGCAGUGGCUCUGUUGCAGAAGCAAAUGCUCAGUUUUACCAACAAGAAGCUGCAAAACUCCGUCAGCAAAUCGCCAACCUUCAGAACCAAAACAGGAACAUCAUGGGUGAAUCACUAGGAAACAUGCCAGCAAAAGAUCUCAAGAAUCUUGAAGGCAAGUUAGAGAAAGGCAUUAGCAGGAUCAGAUCAAAAAAGAAUGAACUUCUGUUUGCUGAAAUCGAGUAUAUGCAAAAGCGAGAAAAUGAGUUGCAUAACAAUAAUCAGUUCCUCCGAGCAAAGAUUGCUGAAAAUGAAAGAUCCCAGCAGCAACACAUGAGCUUGAUGCCUGGAAGUUCUGAUUAUGAUCUUGUACCACCUCAUCAACCAUUUGAUGGUCGAAACUACCUUCAAGUCAACGAUCUUCAACCGAAUAACAGUUACUCUUGCCAAGAUCAAACCCCUCUCCAGUUGGUGUAAUUCAUGAUGGGCAUAAAGGAUUUGAGGUUUCUACUUGCUAUAACAUCUUCAUGGUGAUUAAUAUGGUUUUAUGGUUUGUUACAACCUUAUUCUAAGUAUCUAGUUUGACUUUUGUGUUCUUGUUUUAUUUGCCAUGGGUGCCAACAAUGUGUAUUUUAUGAAACAACUUGUUUUUCCUCGGGUUAUCUUCUUUGUAUUAUAUGCUCAA